AUGGAUUCGGUGGAAGACGACGUGUCUGCUCGAGUUCUGCUGAAAAAUGUUCUGCACGCAGAGACUCAGCGCUCUCCGGUAACAAGCAGUGUAUCUCAGGAUCAGCCAAUUUCUCGUCCACGUAGAAGUUCUAGGAUUAGGAAAACUCCUGGACUUGAAAGUCCUCAACUUAAUCUCCGUCACAAACUCAAACAGAAGCUUCAUGAGAGUGCUACUCAGUCCCCACUCCCCAGUAAAAGAGCAAGGUUAAAGGGCAAAGCGGUGAAGACACCAGCAGUGACAGCAUCACUGUUGUAUGAUGAAGACAUGACACCCCGUGGUCUGCUCAAGAAUAUUAUCCAAACAGAGACUGAGGCAUCUUUGCUGCUGUCUGGUCAGCCUGGGCUCUUGGAGAAUAACCAGGAAGAUGUGGAAGCAAGCACCAGUAACAGGCUAAGUGAGGGAGGUUCUGGCCUUGAAUUGCCUGACUUAGUCACAGAGCCACUAAGUCAUAUUAUCAGGGGAAUGAGUCGUAGAAGGCCACCACCCAUUUUCAAUGUGUCUGCCUUUGAGAGAAAACUGGACAGCCAAUCAGAUGAAGGAGAGGACAAUACCUCAGAGGAUGUCAAUAGAGAGAAUACAUACAUGGCAAAGGAACAUGAUCUUUCCGAUGGGUCAAAAAGUGUCCUUAGCCUUACUUUGAAGACACCGUUUGUGAGUAUUUGCUCUGAGAGAGCAGGUUUGCAGCGGAAAGCAGCUAGACGGAAGCAGCCUUCUGUUGAUGCCUUUGAUGAGGCUGUCCAGAAUCACCUGGAGCGACACGGCAAUCAAAAUAUUACAGUUUUACAGGAUGGAAAAUCUCUCGGAGACUCUGAGUGGCACAAGUUUACUCUUGGCUUGAGCAACAUCUCUGUGCCUGAGCUUACUACAGACAUCGUCAUGAGCAACACUGAACUCUAUGCCCACCCCCCUGGCUCUGUCUCAGAGUUAAAAGAGGACAUGUCACGGAUUGCUAUGAUGGGAGCACAUGAAAACGACAGAGUUUAUGAUGUCGAGAGAAAAAGGGAUAGUAAAAUAGUGGGGGAUAAAUAUCAUGAUGAACAGAAUGUGAGUUUAGGUAACAUCUCUAAAACUCAGCCAGAGCCUUCACAUCAGCAAGAAGAUCCAAAACCAGCUUUUGAGUCAGAUGAGGAGAUAGAAAGAAUACCUUCAUCACAGGAAGAAGGCUCUUUAAGUCCAGAAGAAAUACCACUAGCCCCUACUCAGCCAAUGAUAAACUGUGUGCCUCAACGUCUGGAAAAGGAGGCACAAAAAUCUGUUUUACAAGAACCAGAGAUCGAUGGUAUGGAAUCGAGAGAAGACGAGAGCCAUCCAGAGGAGGAACUUGUUUCACAAAUAUCAAGACGAGUCACCAGAAGAGCCUACAAUUCAGAGGGUGAAGCCAAUAUGCUUAGACUAACAGCAAGAGGGAGAGCAACAAAAAGUCUUGGGGAAAGACUAGAUCCUGUAGAGAAUGAGAUAACCAGAGAGGAACCAGAUAUGGAAGACUUAGAAUUAAAAGGAGAUGUAAGUCCUCCAAAGGAAUAUACAUCAUCAAGGCGAAUCAGCCGUAGAGCCUGUUCAGAGGGUGGAACUCGCAAGCUUGAAGUAAUAGCAAAAGGGAGAGGAACAAAAAGCCUUGGGACAGUACUACAUCUCACAGAGAAAGAGAUAAGCAGUGAUCAAGAAGAAACUGAAUAUAAAGAAGGUGAAAGCGUUCCUAAUGAGGAACUCUCAUCGCAAAUAUCAAGGCGAAUCUCCCAAAGAUCCUACAAUUCAGAUGCUGGAGAAAAAAGAAGGAGAGGAACAAACAGUCUUGGGGCAGAGCUUGAUUCCACAGAAAAAGAGAUAUCCAGAGCAGGACUGGAGAUGGAAGAACCUGAAUUCAGAGAAGAUGAGAGCCUUGCAAACCAAGAUCUUACAUCACAACCGUCAAGGCAAAUUACCCGACGAGCCUACAAUUCAGAGGGUCGAGCUGUCAAGCCUGGAGUAAUACAUUUAAGAGGAACAAAAAGUCUGGGGGCAGGACUAGAUCCCACAGAGAAAGAUUUGCAAAGUUAUGCUGGUGGCAGUGACGCAGAAGAGUGUGCUACCUUGGAUGAGGAACCACACCUCAGCCCAGCCUUACUGUCCACCUUUAACUCUAUAAAGUCCUGUUCACCUGGGUCACAUCAGAGCAGUUUGGCAUCAGUUGAAAAUUAUGAUAUUAAUGAUGAUGCCAUAGCUACCCCUGUCCAUUUAAACCCCACCAUGUCCCCUCAAUGCCCUGAGGCAGAAGAUGAGGAAGGGGAAUUCAGUGAUGAACUGAAUAUGAAAACCCCUGCUUUUAUAAGACAAAGAAAACAGGUAGCAACUCCUGGGGCACUAGCCACACCAACAGUCCUCAAAGAUUUAAAUACUGGCCAUGUCCCACAGGUUGUGAGGCCUCGUCGUAAACAAAAGCUUCAGUCUGUUUCUGACAAUGUCCUUCCAAAGAGUUACAUUAUGAAUGUGUUUAAACACUUUGCUAAAACCAAGGUGGCCAGUGAUGUUUACCCAAUCAUCAAUGAAAUACUGCAAAAGUACUUUGAUCGGCUUGCUGAUGAUUUGGAGGCAUAUUCUGCUCAUGCUAGAAGAAAAACCAUUGAGGUGGAGGAUGUUGAACUUCUUAUGAGAAGGCAGGGUUUUGUAACUGACAGUACUCCAGUCAAUGUGCUGAUAGAGAAGUUCCUCCCUCUUGAGUAUAGGAAACUUCUGAUACCUGUUGCAACCAGUGGAAAUAAAGUCAUACCUGAUACAAGAAGAUGAAUUUUGCACCAGAUGUAUAUUCCUCUCAUUCUCUUAUUCUAUCAAAAGUUAUUUGCUGACAGGAAAACACAUUUGACAGAAAAAGACUGUGUAAUGCUAGUACUUUAGACAUACAAAAUCAAUUUUUCUCUUUGCAGAUCUCUAACAAGUAUGUUCAUUCAUCACACAUCACCUAAUAUAUACAAAUUAGCACAGUAUUCAAAGAUUCCCAAGUGGUGAAAAAUAGAUUAAACUGCUCUGUUAAAAAUGUGAAGUUCUUCUCUUCAAAUGUGCUAAAACGGAAUCAUAGUGCACAAGUUUAGAGCGACAAGAAGAUAGAUUCUUGCAGAACAGAUUUUAUCCACUCUGAUCAACUUUCUUUGUGUAUGUAAAUCUUCUGUACAUUGAAAUGUAAUGAAUAAUUUUGUAUUAAUAAUAAAUUCUAAAAGAAUCAUGAA